AUGAGGGCGAAGAUCACGAUGGGGAUAAUUAUGAGGGUGACGAAUUUGAGGGUGAUGAUUCUGAGUUUAAGAAUGAUAGUAGGAUUUGAGAAUGAUGUAGGGAUUGACAACGAAAAGGAUGUAGAGCCAGCGGAUGUAUAUGCCCCAUCUUUUGCACCCUUACAUGAAGUUAACACGAGAUAUAGGACAGUUGAUGAACUUGGUUUCACCUCAGAAGAGAUUGCAGUAGGUAGUACUUUCAAAUCGAAAGCAGAUUUGCAGUUCAAUCUAUCGGUCUUCACAAUGAGGUUGAAUUUUGAAUACCACAUGAAGAAAUCUACGAAGAGUUUGUUAACUGUUGCAUGCUGCGAGAGUGAAUGUGAGGUAAUAAAACAUGAUCACAGACAAGCACGAAGUCGCAUGGUGGGUCAGAUCAUAAAGGCAAACCUUGAGGAUCCAAGUCGUCGUUAUAGGCCAAAAGAUAUUGUUAGUGACAUGCGUAGAGAUUACGGUGUUAACAUCCGUUACGAAAAGGUGUGGCGUGCGAGAGAAGUAGCGUUGGACUUAUUGAUGGGUUCGUCUAAGAAGUCUUAUACUCUACUGCAUAAAUAUGGUGAGGCGUUAAAACAUGUGAACCCAGGUACGGUAUUUAAUUUGAAGCUUGAAGAUGAUAAAUAUUUUCAAUAUGCUUUCAUGACCCUUGGAUGCUUUAUCAGGGGGUUCAGAAGUUGCAUUCACUCUGUACUUGUCAUUGACGAUGCUCAUUUGAAAGGAAAAUACAGAGGUGUGAUACUUAUUGCUUCUUCGGUCGAUGGUAAUAAUCAAAUUUACCCAGUAGCAUUUGGAAUCGUUGAUAGGGAAACAGACAACUCUUGGACAUGGUUCUUAGAGCAAAUGAAAAUGUCUAUUGGAGAGGUAGAUGGAUUGGUUUUUGUGUCCGACCGGCACCAAACCAUUAAUAAUGUUGUUGCUACUGUAUUUCCUAAUGUCGAACACGUCACUUGCAUGCAUCACGUCAAGAUGAAAUUGAAUGAUAAGUUCAAGGACUAG